AAGGCCCCAGGGCAAGAGACUGGACACAUCCCAGACAGGUAGCCAGCUGGAUAGAGGGUCUGCAGGCUCCAGGGUCAGGAAGGGUCCCAAGUGGCCCCUGCAUUCUUGAGGGCCACACAAUCUUCCUCCUCUCAUGUGGCUUCUGGCUAUGGUCAUGUCGAGGUGCCUGGCAUGCUCAGCCCAACAGCUGCCCUGGCCCACGUGACCGCAGCUCUUGGCAGGAAAGAGAGGUGUGGCCAGCCUGGGCUUGCUGCCCAGUGUGUCCCAAGGCCACCAAGUGGGCAGCCAGGCUGGGCGCUGCCCUCAGGGUCUCCGCCUCUCUGCUCAGGAGGGGUAGAGCCCACGAGUGCCACACACAGUCCUCAGCUUCGGAGGUCCAGGGGCUUGGCUUCUUCCUGGAGACUCUGGGAGUGUGAUGGGGAAGAGGUGGGUCCCCUGGGCUCUGGGGAACUCCAGGAGACCCUGAGCUCUAGGUGGGGCAGGUGCUGGGCUCAUCCUGGUGACUGAUGGCAGGUAACCUUGGACGGGCAGAGUGCCUCUCAUCCUCACCCCUCAGGGCUUCUUGUCACCCUCUUGUUGUCACUGUAAUCAGCUGCUUUAUUCACUGGGGACUCCUCCUUCUCAGUGACAGGGACCAAGGGGAAGAAAUAGCAUUUUUGAGCAUGGACGUGGUCAGGAGUGUGGUCUCAGACGUUCCUGGGUGACCUGGGGCAGAACAACUCCUCCUCCUUCUGGUAUCAUUUCCUUCCUCUGCACAGAGGGUGAAGAAAACCCACCUGUGCAGGUGUCAUUUAAGUCAAAUGAGCAAGGGUGUGGUGCCCGAUAAAUGCCACGUACAGGUGUUCCAGAGUCUAAGAACAUUUUGAGGGUUUAAUAACCUCAGAAGUACCAAUGCUACUAACUUACAAGAAGCACCAGUUGAAGGUGCAACUGUUUAUUUCUUUUACGCUUAUCUGCUUCUGUGAGGUGAGAAACAUCAAUUUUUUUUUUUUGAAACAGAUUUUCACUGUCGCCCUUUGUAGAGUGCUGUGACAUCACAGCUCACAGCAACCUCAAACUCUUGGGCUUAAGCAAUUCUCUUGCUUCAGCCUCCCAAGUAGCUGGGACUACAGCCGCCUGCCACAACGCCUGGCUAUUUUUUGUUACAGUUGUCAUUGUUUAGCUGGCCUGGGCCAGGUUUGAACCUGCCAACUUCGGUGUGUGUGGCUGGCACGGUAACCACUGUGCUACAGGCACCGAGCCAGAAACAUCAAUUUUUAAUGUUAACUUUUUUCAUCAAUAUCUGCCAUCUUCAAUCGGAGGGACUUAAAAAGAUAACAUUAAAAAUUGAUAAUUCCAACUUCACAAAACUAAAAAGCAGAAAAGGAAUAGAAAUACUGAAACUAAACUUCUCUCCUGGGGUCUGCAGCAUGUUUGUCGGAGGUUGUGAGUGAGAGCUUCCAGCUGCUCAGGACUUCAGGAUGUCCUGUGUAACUCGGCACAGAAAGUGCCUCUCAGGUCCCCAGCUCUGGGUGGUGACCUCAUGUACGUGGCAUCCAGAAGCUUCUGUCCAGUGCCCGGCAGUGGUUCUGGGAGGGAUCAUUGGACUUGGAGCCCAAAAGCCCUGGUGGUAAAUCAGUGCCCAUGGCUUCUGGGAAAGGGUGAUAAUUAGUUCCGAUUCCUCUUUGGUCCCUGGGGUCUCCUAUAGGUGCCUUCCUUGCUGGGUGGGGGGAGGGAGUGUCAAAAGAACACAGGAGGCAGGGCAGGGCCUGGGGCACACUCAUGUCCAGGGGUGGGGUCGGGGGUGUCUAGGUGGGUUCAGCCAGCAGCCACCAAAUUUCAGUUCCGUGCUAGCUCUGCAGCUUGGGGGUGUGGCUUCAGGCCCCCAAGCCUCAGUGUCCUCAUCUGCAAAGUAGGUCAUUAAGAGGAUUAUGGAUGUAUGCACAGGAAGUGCUCUUAUUCUUGGGGACAGUAAAGAUGAGUGAGCGGCCCGGGGACCAUUGGAAGGGUCCAGGAGCAAGUAGGAGAAAGCACUCUGGGAACCACAGUCCUGUUCUUCAAGGCCACUGGCACACCUGGUUUCUGGUGGUCAGUGAGAAGCAGUGCUCUCCAUGCUGGACCACUGGGAACAUCAACCAUCCCGUGGUCUCCCUCCCUGCCACCAGAGCUGAAACAGAGCAAUGGGGGAAGCCGGGAUGGACACUGCAUGUCCAGCCUGGCCAGAGGACCUCAGUAGGACCCACCACACCACUGGGGGGACAGGGGUGGUACAGAAAAGGUUCUGGAGCAGGGUGGCCUGGACUUAAAUACAGCCUAUGAGAGCUGGGGCAAACUCCUUGAAAACUGGCCCUCGGUUUCUCCAUCUGUAAUAUGGGAGUGAGUGGAAGAAUACUUAUAACAAGCCAAUUAAAUAAGGAUAGAAUUCGUUAACAUGUACAUGGUGGUUAGAACAUGCUUGGCUCGCCCACUCCAAGGAAGUAUAGAAAUGUUAGCCAUGUGCUUCAUCAUUGUUCUUAUUACUGCUGGUCUUGUUACCCCAAAUCCCACCCCAGGCAGAUAGCAUGGAGCCCUGCAGGAAACUGGGCACAGAGAAGGCCAUGUGGUCCCCAGGGAGAGAGGAGGAAGCAUCGGGUGCUGCCAGACAGGACAGGGAGGUCGAGAGAAAUGAAUGUGAUUCUUAGGGGUUUGUUGCCAAGGCCAAACCUCCCACCAGCCACAGCCAUGAGCUCCCCAAAGAAGGAGCACCUUGGUGCCAGCAGCUCGAAGCCCCUCCCGGUCAUCGUCAUCGGCAACGGCCCCUCGGGCAUCUGCUUGUCUUACCUGCUGUCUGGCUACACCCCCUAUGUGAAGCCAGAUGCCAUCCACCCGCACCCCCUGCUGCAGAGGAAGCUUACUGAGGCUCCAGGGGUCUCCAUUCUGGACCAGGACCUGGAUUACCUGUCCGAAGGCCUCGAAGGCCGGUGCCAAAGCCCCAUGGCCUUGCUCUUUGAUGCUCUCCUGCGCCCAGACACAGACUUCGGAGGAGACAUGGAGUCCGUCCUCACCUGGAAACACCAGAAGGAGCGAGCCAUCCCCCACAUGGUCCUGGGCCGGAACCUUCCGGGGGGAGCCUGGCAUUCUAUUGAAGGCUCCAUGGUGACCCUGAGCCAAGGCCAGUGGAUGGGGCUCCCAGACCUGCAGGUCAAGGACUGGAUGCAAAAGAAGCGAAGAGGUCUUCGCAACAGUCGGGCCACGGCUGGGGACAUUGCCCACUACUACAGGGACUAUGUGGCCAAGAAGGGUCUGAGCCACAAUUUUGUGUCUGGCGCCAUGGUCACAGCCGUGGAGUGGGAGACACCUGAGCCCAGCGACUCUGGGACCCAGGCCCCCAGCCCCCUCUUCCAGGUGAGCGGCUUCCUGACUACCAAGGACCAGAGCCAGCAGCCCUUCUCACUUUGGGCUCACAACGUGGUCCUGGCCACUGGCACAUUUGACAACCCAGCUCGACUGGGUGUCUCCGGGGAGGCCCUGCCCUUUGUCCACUAUGAGCUAUCAGCCCUGGAGGUGGCCAUACGGGUAGGUGCAGUGACCCCAUCGUCAGAUCCCGUCCUCAUCAUCGGCGCGGGGCUGUCUGCGGCUGAUGCUGUCCUCUAUGCCCGCCACUACAACAUCCCGGUGAUCCACGCCUUCCGCCGACCAGUGGAGGACCCUGGCCUGGUGUUCAACCAGCUGCCCAAGAUGCUAUACCCCGAAUACCACAAAGUGCACCAGAUGAUGCGGGAGCAGUCCAUCCUGUCACCCAGCCCCUACAAGGGCUACUGCAGCCUCCCCGAGCACAGGCUGCUGUUCUUCAAGGAAGACCACCAGGCCGUGUUCCGGGACUCCCAGGGCAUCGAGAAGGUCUUCGGCAUCUCCCUGGUGCUGGUCCUCAUUGGCUCCCACCCUGACCUCUCCUUCCUCCCCGGGGCAGGCGCUGACCUUGCCGUGGACCCCGACCAGCCACUGAGCGCCAGGAGGAACCCCAUUGAUGUGGACCCCUUUACCUACCAGAGCACUCGCCAGGAGGGCCUGUAUGCCAUGGGGCCACUGGCUGGGGACAACUUUGUGAGGUUCGUGCAGGGUGGGGCCCUGGCCGUGGCCAGCUCCCUGCUGAGGAAGGAGACCAGGAAGCCACCCUAGUAUCUGGCCUGACACGCCAGCACCCAGCCCCUGAAGAGGAGGGGAGAUCAGCACAGCCCUGCUAGAUGCAGGGCCCACCUGAGAUGCCCCGAUGAGGGGAGGAGCCACUCCUGGCAGGAGACAGGAGGGACUGUGAGCCCAUGCAGCUGGCCUUUGAGGUCCAGAGGAAGGGGGGAAGCCAGGCUGCCCCACACUCAGACUAUUGCCCAAGGGGGGAAUAGUGGUCGCAGGAGAAGGUAGGCCUAGACCUAGGAUUUGGGGGGAAAGCUGCCAUUAUGAGCUGGCACAACCAGGGCCAGCUGAGUGUCCAGCCAGGAGGACUCCUGGCCAGGUCUUUCCAUGCAGUUCCCAAAUAAAACCAGUGCCUACCUCCAUUCAUG